GUAUAUGGCCGAGUGUGUGUGUGAAGUGUGCUGUCAUCAGAGAACGACGGAAAACGGUCUUUCUCGCCACCCCUUCUUCACAAACGCGAUUCAGCCAAGAAAAAACCUAUUUUACCGUUUUGCAAACAGACUUUCUCGGUUUUAGGCACCGUUUCCUUUUGCUUCCGGUUGUUCGGUGUCGCCCGGUAGUCCGCACAACAGCAACAGCACAGCGCAAUGGAGCCUUAUGAUGUGAUAGUGAAUCAACCGGUCGUCAUCGACAACGGUUCCGGAAUGAUAAAGGCUGGCUUCGCUGGCGAUCACAUACCAAAGUGUCGUUUUCCCAACUAUAUGGGCCGACCGAAGCAUGUGCGUGUGAUGGCUGGCGCACUGGAAGGGGAUAUGUUUGUGGGACCAAAGGCGGAGGAUUACCGGGGGCUGCUCAGCAUCCGUUACCCGAUGGAGCACGGUAUCGUGACCGACUGGAACGAUAUGGAAAAGAUCUGGACGUACAUCUACAGCAAGGAUGAGCUGUCCACCUUUGCCGAAGAGCACCCGGUGCUGCUUACCGAGGCGCCUCUAAACCCGCGCAAGAACCGUGAAAAGGCGGCCGAAAUUUUCUUCGAGACGUUUAACGUACCCGCGCUGUUCGUGUCGAUGCAGGCCGUGCUGAGUCUGUACGCGACUGGGCGCGUCACCGGUGUAGUGCUGGACUCGGGUGACGGUGUAACACACGCAGUUCCCAUAUUCGAAGGGUUCGCUAUGCCUCACAGCAUCAUGCGUGUGGAUAUUGCGGGCCGGGACGUAACCCGUUACUUAAAAACGUUGAUCCGGAAGGAAGGGUUCAGUUUCCGCACUACGGCCGAGUUUGAGAUUGUGCGUUCGAUCAAGGAAAAGGUAUGCUCGUUAGCGACGAACCCGCUGAAAGAAGAAACGGUGGAUACGGAAAAGACCAAGUAUGUGCUGCCGGACGGAAACGUGCUGGAGAUUGGACCGGCGUGUUACCGGGCACCGGAAGUGCUGUUCCGCCCGCACAUGCUUGGGGAAGAAUGCGAAGGCAUACACGAGGUGCUAAUAUACUCGAUCCAAAAGUCCGACAUGGAUCUGAGAAAGAUGCUCUACCAGAACAUCGUUUUAUCCGGCGGAUCGACCUUGUUCAAGGGUUUCGGUGAUCGAUUGCUGUCCGAGAUCCGGAAACACGUGGCAAAGGAUAUGAAAAUUAGGAUCGCUGCCCCACAAGAACGUAUUUAUUCGACCUGGAUGGGUGGAUCAAUUCUGGCCUCUCUCGACACAUUCAAAAAGAUGUGGGUCUCAAAGCGCGAGUUCGACGAAGACGGCCAACGGGCGAUCCAUCGGAAAACGUUUUAAACCGUUUGAACGCACCUUGCAAGCGUCGUUCAGUUCGGCAACAUUUUUAUGGGUACACACACACACACUCAAACUGCACGUCUGGCUGUGUUUGCGGAAGUAAUAGGAACCAGGGGGGUAAAGUUUUGGGAAAUGAAAAUUGGACCUUGUAGGAUGAUUUCAAGCAGCCACUGAAGAUGCUUCUCUCAGGUGUGUACCGCUGCGAUAUCCAGCACCGGUAAAGAUAUAAUUGUACUUCAAAAGUUACUUGCGCACUUUCAAAGCCCCCUUUUUUUUUGGUCUUCGGUCCACAGUAGAUUCGUAUGCAGGUUUAUUUUAUAUAAUUUUUUUUUUAUCUCACGGUGAUCUAUAUAAAGGCAUUUUGAAUGAUAAACAAACGAUUCGCCGGAUAUAAUAUUGUAUGUGAAUAGACCGUAAACUAACUUAAGCAAUGUCCUCCGUUCGGAGACAAAACAGUGUUCAGCAAAGCAGGAUCGGGACAGAGAGUGUUGAGUAAUGUGCGCACAUAAUUUCUCCACCACACACAAGUCCAACACGCUAAGGUCAGAGAGUUGGGAGUAGCUUGUGUGAAAGACCAUGAAGUACCCCCAUGUAAUAUGAUGCUUUGAUCAGCUCUAAACGCUUCUAGUUUUGGGUUCUUCCAACGUUCGACCGGCUGGAAAGGAUUGGCCGAUUCGACUAAAGGGACAAACCCAACCGGGUACCGAACGAUUACUACCGUGUGGCCUUUGUUUGCUCUUUGUUGCUACUGUACUGUAACUGUUUGUGUGUGUAUGUGGUUUUUAUGUUUUAUGAGUUCUUUUUUGGUUGUUGCUGUUAGCAUCAUUUCUUUAGAUAAACCGCCACCCUUGUGCGAUAGAAUCACCUUCAUUCCAACCUCUCUACAUUGCAUAGCAGAUUGUGUGUGUGUGCGCAAUCGUUUCAUGUUUCCUUUUUUUAAUUCGUCCCUCCCUUUUUUGUGCAGAAACUGGGGUAGCUCUAAUGCUUACGAAGAUCACUCACGUGGCAAUAAGAAAUAUUGAAUAGUCGCAAAACGAAGCUUUCUUUUUUUUUGUCUGUUGGUGUGUAUUCUUUCAUCAAUUAACACGAAUUAAGUUAUAAUAUUUAGUAAUUUAUAAUCAAUAACAACUAUCACUUAACGUAAACCGAAAAACAGUGCGGUGCAAAACGUGUACCCGUGUAACAGUCGCACAUGAACUAAGCAAAAGUGCAUAAGAUCAAGAAAGAAAAAAAACAAAAUAAAAAAACGAGCCGAUAAAGAAGACGGAUAACAGCAGUGCUGCGCGCAAAGACAA